CGUCCCCGCGGCCCCCGGGCGCUCGGAGCGGGGGCGGGCGGACCCCUCCCCUCCCCUCCCCGUCCUCCCCGCCCCUGCCCCGCAUUGGCUGCGGGCGCUGACGGGCAGCCGGGGCGGCCCCUGCCCGCGGCCGCCCAGGGGCACUGCCCGCACUGGGGGUCCGGCCGCGCCGGGGAGCGGGGCUGAGUCGAGCCGGUGCCGCUAUGGGCGUGGAGAUCGAGACCAUCUCUCCGGGAGACGGACGGACAUUUCCAAAGAAGGGUCAGACGUGUGUGGUGCACUACACAGGAAUGCUACAGAAUGGAAAGAAGUUUGAUUCCUCCAGAGACAGAAACAAGCCUUUCAGGUUCAAGAUUGGCAGGCAAGAAGUCAUUAAAGGAUUUGAAGAAGGUGUUACACAGAUGAGCUUAGGACAAAGAGCAAAGUUGACCUGCACACCUGAGAUGGCCUAUGGAGCCACAGGCCACCCUGGGGUCAUACCUCCCAAUGCCACACUCCUCUUUGAUGUGGAGCUUCUCAGGUUAGAGUGAACCUUCCCGAGGGAGUUGGCUGGAGACAUCUGUUAAUAACCAUCCGUUCCUUCCCGCCUUGCCAGCAGCAAGGAGGAAUCUUCACUGGAAUCACAACCUUCCCUGCUCAAGCUGUCCUGUCAGUAGCGCCUGACGCUUGGUUUCCUAGGCCUUCCUUCUCUUUUAUAACUUUGUGGUGUCCGUAUCUGCCUUUUAUUAGAAGCUUUGCUCUGAGGAAAAAUGUCUCCCGGUGUAACAUUUCCGAGUUGUACAUUUUAUUGAAUUUGCAUGUACGAAGAAUUCACAGUGAUGACUGAAAAUAUAUAUAAAUAUAAAUAUAUAUAUAUAUAUAUAUUCCUUAUUGAAAAAACCACUGCCUUACUGUACACUUAAAUCAAGAAAAAAUAACCACAAAAGGUGCUCAAAAGAAAAAAAUCCAAUGUACGCCUUGUACAUGAACGGGCAUUAGCCAAACAGAGUUACCUGCGCUGCCACUUUUCUCAACUUGUAUGUUCUGCUUGCUGCUGUUUUAAAAAAAUACUGUCUCAUUUAAGAAUUACAAGUAUAUAAAUAAAACAAUAAAAUCUUGAUACUUUA